AUGUCCAACCCGAAAGAUGCAUUCCAGGAACUUGUUCGAAUCUUCUCAUCUAGAGACAACCAGGUCCUCGAGAUCGAGAUCAUUCCAUCAAGUCUAGGCGCUACAUUCCUCCAAGAUGGAUGCUCACUGGGGAUAACCAAGAAAGCACUCGUGCAGGCCUUCACGGUCGCACGCCAGCUCUUCUUCGAACGAUUAAUGCCUAUGUCCGAAGAUGACCUCCAAACCACCUUUUCCGCAGACGCCCAGUCUAGAAAUACAGAUUCAGCUAUUACAGAAAUAAUGCUCCUCUUUGACUGUGAGCAUCUCACAGCCUGCAAUUGGCGCAAGCGCCGACUGCGGGCAGCCAUGGCGCAUUAUCCUGGUAUUCCAAACCAGACCUCUGCCGCAACGGAUUUAUUAGAAGCCGAGCUCACGCUCAUGUCGAGCUACCAGUGCUCGCCACUCCAUCGCCAUACCAAGUCACCGACGCUCUGGCACCACCGGUUGUGGGUAGUUGUCCAUCUGCUUCAAAGACGGCACUGGAGCCCCGACGAUCUGCUCAAGCUGCAACAAACGGAACUAAGUGUUGUUCUCCGCGCUGGAGAGCUGCAUCCCAAGAACUAUUAUGCGUUCAGCUACAUGCGACAGGUGGGUAUGCUCCUCGCUGCUACAGUGGAGAAGACGACUGGGCAAUCAAUGUGGGAAGCCCGUUCGGCGCAGUCGGUUGUCGAACGGGUGGUUGCUUGGUGUUUGGCCAAUCCACGCGAUAUAUCGGGUUGGAGCUUCGGCCUCUACGUGCUAAGCCAUGUGUUAGAGCAACAGAUUCGAGUGGAUUCUCUUGCCAGAGUGGUUAAGUUUGCGUUCAAUGUUGGUUGGGAAGGCGAGAGCCUUUGGACGUUUAUCGACCAAGCAUCGAGGCAGUUUGGGCUUGAAAGUAUGAUCGAGGAUACCAUAUUUUUGCACUGCGAUCAAGAAACCAGAUCUCGUGACUCCCAAAUGGUUCAGGACAGUCGGCAGAAGAAGUCAUGGCAGACCUGGCUGGCCCGGGCGAGAGUAUAUUGGGCCGUAGACGGCCAAGGGCAAGAUACAUAA